CCUUUUUCAUCUUUCAUCUUAUACACCAUCUGCUGUUACCCACCGCCACAGUCCAUCUCCUCUAAUCGAAGUCCUUCGCCCGAAGACUCCUCCAUACAAACACCAACCCCGUGACUAGCCACCACGGUCGUGUCGAGAAAGUCUCCUGCUCAAUCGAACUCUCAGCAACUCGACCACGGAUCAGCUUGAUACAUAAAUCACCUAAUCAUCGAAUCCCGAACAAUAACGAUCGAAUCACGAACUUCGCGAACAUGUCGAACAUCUUACUCUUCGGCGAUCAGACCGCCGAGCAAUACCCUCUCCUGAGAAAGGUAGCUCUUCACAAGGACAACGUUCUGGUUCACAACUUUGUACAGCGCUGUGCACUUGCUCUCCGCGAGGAAGCACGCGCUCUGCCACGCACCCAGCGAGUGUUGAUUCCGGAUUUCCUUACUCUCAACAACCUGAUCGAAGCCUACUACCAGAAGGGUGACAAGCUUCCAGCGCUCGAGUCGGCUUUGGUGACAAUCGCUCAGCUUGGGCAUUACAUUGGAUACUUCUCUGAGCACCCAAGCGAGCUUCCAGCUGCCUCGAACACCCGUGUGCUCGGUCUUUGCACUGGUCUCCUUGCAGCCGCUGCAGUAGUCUCAUCCAAGACCAUUGAUGAACUCGUGGGUCUUGGUGUUGAUUUCGUUAGAAUCGCCUUCCGCUCUGGUGCUGCUGUUGAUCGAGUGCGAUCCGUCCUCGGCCAGACUGGCGAGGACAAGGAGCCGUGGUCUACCAUUGUGACCGGGAUCGACGGGGCCAGCGCCAAGAAGGCUCUCGAUGCUUUCCACAAAGAGAAGGGCAUUCCACAGUCCAACCAGGCAUACGUCAGCGCUGUUUCCGUCAUGGCCAUUACAGUCUCUGGACCUCCAACCACACUCGAGCACUUUUUCCAACAGGGCCCGCUCUCUCAGAACAACCGCGUUCCAAUACCGAUUCAUGGACCAUAUCACGCCGAGCACCUCUACAACGAUGCCGAUAUCGAGCGUCUUCUCUCUGGCAAGAUUGCCCGUGAGCUGCGAAGCCACACCCCAGCCUCCCUCGUCCACUCCGCGGCGACUGGCAAGCCGAUCGUUGCGGAGAACUCCUACGAGCUCGCCAAGCUUGCUCUCGGUGAGAUGCUCCAGCGCCCAGUUCGAUGGGACUACCUGCUCGAAGAGACGGUCUCCCAGAUGGCUGCUAGCAAGCAGGGCGCCAAAAUCUACGCUAUGGGUGUCAGCAACACCGCCAACAGUCUGGUCUCUGCUCUCAAGGUCGGCGGUCAAACCAACGUGUCCGUCGUCGACCAGUCCGCGUUCGUGGAGCAGCAAGGCUACAACGGCCGUACUCAGAACGAUAAGAUUGCCAUCGUUGGUAUGGCUGGUCGCUACCCCAACUCUGCAAACCACGAGGCUCUCUGGGAUCUGCUCAUGAAGGGUCUCGAUGUGCACCGCAAGGUCCCAGCUGAUCGUUUUGACGCUGAUGCUCACUGCGAUCCAUCUGGCAAGGGCAAGAACAAGUCGCACACUCCAUUUGGCUGCUUCAUCGACGAGCCAGGUCUUUUCGAUCCACGAUUCUUCAACAUGUCGCCUCGUGAGGCUGCUCAGACCGAUCCUAUGGGUCGUCUGGCGCUAGUCACUGCUUACGAAGCACUUGAAAUGUCUGGAUACGUGCCAAACCGCACUCCUUCGACCAAGCUCCACCGUAUUGGUACUUUCUACGGUCAAACGUCUGACGAUUGGCGUGAGAUCAACGCUGCCGAGAAUGUCGACACUUACUUCAUCACUGGUGGCGUGCGUGCCUUUGCUCCAGGCCGCAUUAACUACUACUUCAAGUUCUCCGGUCCUUCGUACUCUGUCGAUACUGCUUGCUCGUCUUCGCUCGCCGCUAUUCAGCUUGCCUGCACUUCUCUGUGGGCCGGUGACUGCGACACUGCCUGCGCUGGUGGUCUCAACGUUUUGACCAACCCAGACAUUUUCUCUGGUCUCUCAAAGGGUCAGUUCUUGUCCAAGACUGGAUCUUGCAAGACCUACGACAACGCUGCUGACGGUUACUGCCGUGGUGAUGCUUGCGGUACUGUCAUCCUCAAGCGUUACCAGGAUGCUAUCGCCGACAAGGACAACAUUCUCGGCUGCAUUCUCGGCGCCGCUACCAACCACUCUGCUGAGGCUGUCUCCAUUACCCACCCACACGCUGGUGCACAGGAGUUCCUUUACAAGCAGGUCCUGGCCAACGCUGGUGUUGACGCUCACGAAAUCAGCUACGUCGAGAUGCACGGAACUGGUACUCAAGCUGGUGACGGCAUUGAGAUGACCUCUGUCACCAAUGUCUUCGCUCCACGCCACCGCCAGCGUCGCCCAGAGCAGACUGUCCACCUCGGUGCCAUUAAGGCGAAUGUCGGUCACGCUGAGGCUGCUUCCGGUAUCAACUCGCUGCACAAGGUGCUUCUCAUGAUGAAGCAUGACAAGAUCCCAGCCAACGUUGGUAUUAAGGGCGAGAUGAACAAGACUUUCCCGGCUGAUCUCAAGGACCGCAAUGUCCACAUCUCCCGCGAUGCGGUUUCCUGGCCACGAAAGGGUGCCGAGCCAAGGAAGGUUUUCCUCAACAACUUCUCUGCUGCCGGUGGUAACACUGCGCUGCUCAUCGAGGACGGACCUAUUCGCGAGGCUCCAGGUGCAGUCGACCCACGUAGCACUCUCCCAGUCACCGUCACUGCUCGCUCGAUUGCGUCUCUCAAGCGCAACUUGGUCAACCUCCAGCAAUACAUGAUCGAGAACCCAGGAACUACCGCUACCUCCUUCUCAUACACGACCACUGCCCGUCGUAUCCAGCACAAUUACCGCGUUGCCUUCCCAUUGGCCGACAUCAAUAAGGUCAUUGACUCUCUUCAGGCUCAGGUCAAGGAGUCGUACAACCCGGUGCCGAUGGCUGCAACCAAGACCGCUUUCUGCUUUACUGGCCAGGGCUCCCAAUACACUGGUCUCGGCCAGAAGCUUUACCAAGACCUCAAGAGCUUCCGUGACGACAUCAACCAGCUCGACCAGCUCGCACGCAUCCAGGGCCUGCCAUCCUUCCUCGAGCUCCUUGACGGCACUGACGUCCAGACUCUGUCGCCCGUCAAGGUGCAGCUUGGAAUGGCCUGCAUCCAAGUCGCUCUUGCUCGCAUGUGGUCUUCCUGGGGCAUCACCCCAACAGCAGUCAUUGGUCACAGCUUGGGUGAAUACGCCGCUCUUCACGUCGCAGGUGUCAUUUCUGCCGCCGACAUGGUUCUCCUUGUUGGUCGCCGUGCUGAGCUCCUGGUCCGCGACUGCACUCCACACACUCACGGUAUGCUUGCAGUCAAGGGCAGCGCUGAGGCUAUCCGCGCGACUCUGGGUGGCAAGAUGACCGAGAUUGCUUGCAUCAACGGCCCAGAAGAGACUGUCCUCUGCGGCAGCGGCGAUGUUGUCGCUUCAGCCAACGAGACCCUCACUCAGCGUGGCUUCAAGGCUACCAAGCUGAACGUGCCAUUUGCCUUCCACUCUGCUCAGGUCGACCCAAUUCUUGACCAGUUCAAGAGGAUCGCAUCUUCAGUCACCUUCAACAAGCCGACCGUCCCAGUUCUCUCUCCUCUUGCUGGUGAGAUCAUCCGCGAAGCUGGCAUCAUCGGUCCUGACUACUUGGCUCGCCACGCUCGUGAGACUGUCAAUUUCUGGACCGCUCUUACCAGUGGCCAGAAGGCCAAGGUCUUUGAUGAGAAGACCGCUUGGCUUGAGGUCGGCGCUCACCCAGUCUGCUCCGGCAUGGUCAAGGCCUCUAUCGGCGCCACCGUCACCGCUCCAUCUCUCCGCCGUGGCGAGGAUGCCUGGAAGACCAUUGCUACUAGCAUUUGCCAACUCUUCAUCGCCGGUGUCUACAUCAACUUUGAUGAAUUCCACCGCGAGUUCAACGAUGCUCAGGAGCUUCUCCAGCUUCCGACCUACUCCUUCGACAACAAGAAGUACUGGCUCGACUACCACAACAACUGGACCCUCCGCAAGGGUGAGCCCGCAGAAGUCAGGGAGGUCGUUGUUGAGAAGGCUGUUGCUCAACCAGUCCCAGCUGUUGAGAUCCCAGCCAAGCGCCUCUCAACCUCUUGCCAGAAGGUCAUCAGCGAGGAGUUCACUGAUAACCAGGCCAAGGUCGUCAUCCGCUCCAGCUUGGCCGAUUCAAAGCUUUAUCCAGUCGUUUGCGGCCAUAUGGUCAACAAUGCUGCUCUCUGCCCAUCUUCGCUCUACGCUGACAUGGCAUUGACUGUUGGUGACUACAUCUGGAAGGAGAUGCGCCCAGGCACCGAGGCUCCUGGCAUUAACGUCUGCAACAUGGAGGUUCCAAAGCCCUUGAUUGCUCAGAUUCCUCAACCAGCUCAGGGACAGCACAUCGAGCUCGAGGCCAACGCCGACUUGGAGCAGGGCAUUGUCAAGCUCCAGUUCCGCAGCGUACAGCCGGAUGGCAAGAAGAUCCUUGACCACGCUCACUGCAUUGUUCGCUUCGAGGAGAAGGCUGCUUGGAGAGACGAAUGGGCCCGCUACAACUUCAUGGUCAAGGCACAGAUUGAUCUGCUCACUGCUAAGACUAUGAACGGUGGUGCUCACAAGGUGCAGCGUGGCAUGGCUUACAAGCUCUUCAAGGCUCUGGUCAAUUACGAAGGCAAGUACCGCGCCAUGUCUGAGGUUGUCCUCGAUGGCCAGAACACCGAAGCCUCUGCCACUCUCGACUUCCCAACCAAGCCAGAGGAUGGCGACUUCUACUGCCCACCAUACCACAUUGACGGAUCUUGCCACAUUUCUGGCUUUAUCGUCAACGCUUCUGAUCUCCUCGACUCUGAGCAGAACGUCUACGUCUCUCAUGGUUGGGGUGCCAUGAAGUUCUCCAAACCACUCACUGCUGGCAUGAAGCUCCGCAACUACGUUCGCAUGUUGCCACAGCCAAACAACAUCAGCAAGGGUGAUGUCUACAUUCUUGAGGGUGACGAGAUCGUCGCUGUCUGCGAGGGCAUCAAGUUCCAGCAGAUUCCUCGCCGUGUCCUCAACACCUUCCUCCCACCAAACAAGGGCUCCGCUGCUCAGCCAGCCACUACUCCCGCUGCUCCAGUCAAGAGUACUCCAGUCCGCGCUGCAGUUCCAGCGGCGAUCAAGGUAGCACCAUCACCAGCAGCCGUUCGUGCUCCUGCACCUGCACCAAUCAAAGUUGCUGCUCCAGCUCCAGUCGCCGCUCCCAAGGCUCCUAAGCCAAAGAAAGCUCCUGCUCCGAAGAAGGCACCUGGCGGACUCGUUGACAAGGUCAUGAAGAUCUUGGCUAAAGAGACAGAGGUCGACAUGUCUGAGCUGGUCGAUGAUGCCCAAUUCGAAAACCUUGGCGUCGACUCUCUCCUUUCGCUCACCAUCUCUGCCAUCUUCCGUGAGGAGCUCGACAUGGAAAUCAGCUCGUCUCUCUUCACCGAUAACGCCACAGUGGGCGACAUGAAGAAGUACUUCGCCCAGUUCGACAACGGUUCAGUCAGCAGCGCUUCUGAACCAGACGAGGACUCCGAGGACGAAUCGAUUCCAGCAACUGACAUGCCAACUCCACUCGACAUGCUCUCCACACCCGCAUCUUCUGCCCCGUCCGUAGCCGCUUCUGACGCAGGCAAGCCAGAGCUCGACUCACCAGCCCGCGAGUCUCUCGCAGAGGUCGGUGACGUGUCCCUGGCUCGCCACGUCGUUGCUCAAGAGAUGGGUGUCGACCUCUCCGAGAUCAACGACGAUGCAGAGUUGGCAGAACUUGGCAUGGAUUCGCUCAUGAGCUUAACGAUUCUUGGUGAGCUUAGAGAAAAGACGGGCGUCGAUCUCCCAUCCACAUUCCUCUCAUCGAACCCAACUAUCAAGGACAUUGAGAACGCUCUCGGUAUGCGCCCCAAGGCCAAGGCCGCGGCUCCAGCACCAAGGCCCGCCGCAACACCUAAGACGACCGUUGUUGACAUGAACAAGGUCUCCGCGCGGCUAGCCGAAAUUAACAAGACCGACAUUUCCCGCUACCCACCAGCUACCUCCGUCCUGCUCCAGGGCAACGCCAAGGUCGCUACCAAGAAGCUCUUCUUCCUGCCUGAUGGCUCUGGCUCUGCUACCUCGUAUGUCUCGAUCCCAAACCUCGGACCUGAUGUUGCGGCUUAUGGCCUCAACUGCCCAUUCAUGAAGGAUCCCGAGCAAUGGCAAUGCGGUAUCGAGGUGUCGUCUCUCAUCUACCUUGCCGAAAUCAAGCGCCGUCAGCCUAAGGGCCCAUACAUCAUUGGUGGCUGGUCUGCCGGUGGUGUGAUUGCCUAUGCCGUCGCUCAAGCGCUUCUGGCUGCUGGUGAGAAGGUUGAGAAGCUUCUGCUCCUCGACUCUCCUUGCCCAGUCAACCUCGAUCCGCUCCCAGCACGCCUGCACAUCUUCUUCAACGAGAUCGGUCUCCUCGGUACCGGCGACCCAAGCAAAACACCAAAGUGGCUCCUUCCUCACUUUUCUGCCGCCAUCCGUUCGCUCUCUGACUACGACCCAAAGCCAUCCAUCGCUGAGCUUCCGACCUUCGCAGUUUGGUGCACAGACGGUGUCGCAGGCAACGCAGGUGACCCACGCCCACCGCCAGCUGAGGACGAGGAUCCAGCUCCAAUGAAGUGGCUCCUCAACCAUCGAACCGACUUCGCUGACAACGGCUGGGCACAACUUUGCCAGGGCUCGUUCAAGAACGGCAUCAUGGGCGGACACCACUUCUCCAUGAUGAAGGAUCCUCACGCUGCAGAUCUCGGGAAGCUCAUUCGAUCUGGUCUUGACUGGGAUGGAAAGCAGGAGUCAGCAUCAACGGUGCAAGUGAGUGGUACCAUCCGACCAGGUUACACUCCACCAGCAUAAAACGUUCCACUACGACCUUUUCCCUUCCGCUUCAAUUCUUUGCGGAUCUCAGGUUGUCGUGGACGUCUUGGGCUGAGACUAUCUACGGUAAUCUGCACGAUCUGCGAAGAGAUUCAGAGAGACGAAACACCCUGGGCAUUUUGGACGAUGGAACGCUUGGCCGCUGACGAUCUUCAACGAUGAACUGGGACUGAAUCGAAUCUCUUGGAAAACUUACAAUCUACGAAAACUUUUGUCACCACAACACAUCCGUUUUUUGAUUUGAUGCAUAGCGAAAUGAUAGAGGGGGGAGAGACAAUGGGUUUGAAAUUUUUAGCACUCGCUUCAGCGGAAAUUCUUCUUUGGAGAUACCUGGUGGCUGGAAGGAUUAUUACAGCACAACGUGUGAAUGGAGAAAGAAAACAGUUUUCAUUUUUUUUUUAAUUUGAACAACAACUACUAGAAUUAUCAUAUGGCUGCGAGAUGGGGCGAAAUGCAUCGAAAGAGGUGGCUUCUUGACGGGUAGAGUAGCUUCCAUCGGCAAUAGCAGUUGGUCAUUACUCUUUGUG